AUGAAGAUCAACAGCGAAACAGCAAGCGACAGGGACUCAGAUCGAUGUUUUCAUGGUUUUCAUUUGCACCUGAGUGUGGACUGGAGCAAACUGGAGGCUCAUGAAUAUGACUUAAACUUUAAAAGAGAGGUUACUGAAGAAGAAGAAUGCAAAAUAAAGCAGCUUUGCGAGUGUCGUUUGGCAAGGAUGCCUGUUCAAUAUAUCAUCAAAGAGUGGGAUUUCCGAGACCUCAGAUUGACGAUGACUCCUCCAGUCUUCAUCCCUCGACCAGAGACUGAACAGUUGGUCGAACUAGUUCUGGAGAAGGCGACGCCAGACUCCACCAUAUUAGAGAUUGGCUGUGGUUCUGGCGCGAUAUGUCUGUCCUUGCUGAAAGCUCUUCCUCAGACUCGUGUAACAGCAGUAGACCAGAGCAAGUUGGCUUGUGAGUUAACAAAGAAAAAUGCAGAACAAAACAAUUUGGCAGAUAAUUUAAAGGUGGUCCAGAGCAAAUUGCAAGAUGAUGGAACUCUGUCCCAACCUGUAGACUUGGAUGACCCGGUGGACAUCAUCGUAAGCAACCCUCCGUAUGUACCUUAUGCUCAGUUGAUGGAUCUUGAGCCAGAGAUCAAGCUGUAUGAGGACCUUCGAGCUCUAGAAGCUGGGAAAGACGGUCUGCGGGUCGUCAAAUCUCUGCUGACCCUCGCCUCCACCACGCUUCGCCCUGGCGGACUUUUAUUCCUGGAAGUUGACGCAUCACACCCAACGCUGAUAGAGCAAUGGAUAACUAAGCAUCCACAACUGAACAUGCAGUUUGUUAAGUCAUACAAGGACUUUUGCGAAAAAGAUAGGUUUGUGGAGCUGAAAAAAGUAUAAUCAUAGACACAGUGUAAUUUGGACUUUUUAGAUACAGAUUUUAAAAAAGGUUUCUCUUACAGCUGGACCAUUUGGAGAUGUACUUAAAAAGACGUACCUGUCCAAAGUCUUCCGAUGUAAAGGUGGAAUACUCAAAAAUUAUGUAUAUACAAGUUAUCUGUAAAUAAAUCUGUUGAAAUUGAA